CAUUAUAUAGCAAAGAUCCCAAACCUCGAGUAGAGGCAUACGUACGACCAUCAAAAAGAAAGGAUCUACCUAUCAUGGCGUUAAGAGAGAUGGUGAUAGGUGAUUGUGAUGAUAUAGAGAGCUACAGUGAGCCAUCCCUUUGUCUGGAUAAAGCCAAGGAGCUUCUUGCACUCUUCAAUUUACCUACAGGACUGUUGCCAUUGAAGGACAUGAUAGAAGUUGGGCACAACAAAACAAAAGGGUUUGUGUGGAUGAGGAUGAUAAACAAGAUUGAGCAUACAUUCGCUGCUAUAGGUCGUAAAGUGGUAUAUGACACGGAGAUAUCUGCUUUUGUUGAAGACCGUAGGUUUAAGAGAGUUACCGGAGUUAAAAGCAAGGAACUCAUGAUCUGGAUUCCUGUGCAUGAUAUCUUCAUCAAAGAGAAAGAGCCUGAGAAGAUCACAUUUGCUAAUAACACCGGCCUGUCACGAACAUUUAACGUUUCAGCAUUUCAGAUCGAGGGCAUGAUAUAAAUCAGAAAAAGAGGAGUAACUUAUAAAGUUACUUGAUGUAAGCAAGCAAUAAAGAACAUAAAAUGUUCCAUAUCAAUAGAACACAGUUUCAUUAA